AUGGGGUUCUAUGGUCUUCCUGAAAGGGCGAGACGUGGGGAUUCGUGGGAACUUUUAAACAUGAUUUCUAAUGCAUUCUUGUUGCCGUGGGUGGUAAUUGGGGACUUUAAUGACAUUUUAUCUAAGGAUGAGCUUAGCGAUCUAAAUGACAGGGAGAAUUGGAUGCUGAGAGGAUUUAGAGAAGCUGUUGAUUAUUGUGGCUUAGUUGAUAUCAGAUUUAUUGGUCCAAAAUUCACUUGGACUGGUAUCCGUAAUGGUGUAGUCGUAAUUGAAGAAAGGCUUGAUCGAGGUUUUGCAAAUCCUGUUUGCCUUAAUAUCUUUUCGAAAGCUUUGGUUCGUAAUAUUGUCUCCUCAACAUCUGAUCACCUACCAAUUCUUUUGCAGCUCGAUGACAUAAUGAUAAAGGAGUGUCGUAGAACAAAGAAAAGAUUUAGAUUUGAGGAUUUUUUUCUGCGUGAAGAUGAAUGGGAAAUAGUUGUAGCUGAUGGCUGGAAAGGGGAGGUUUCAAAUGGAGUGCUUAUACGUAUCAGGAAAGUUUCUACUCAUUUACAACGUUGGAAUGAUUCAAUAUUUGGUGAUUUAAGAAGAAUACUUGAAGAGGAGCAGCUUAAGCUAGAGAAAUUACGCAAUAUCCCUAAGGAACAACGUGAUCUCAAUGAGUAUCGAGAUUAA